AUGAAGCUGAAAUCUGGGUGUUUUCUGCAGCAUCUGCACUUAGAUGAUGUGUACCGCUUGCUGUCAGUAAGAAAUACUGCGGCACUGGCAGAGUAUUUCCAGCUCCUGGAUGUUCAUCAAAAGAAUUAUCUGAACAAUCUGCAGUUUUAUUGCUUUCUCCGUUAUGUGACCAGCCUGACCAAGGACCAGAUCAUGCUGCUGUUCGACUCGCUGGAUGGGAACACGAGGGACACCCGGCUGAGGGCCAGCGCUCGGGGCUGCUGCCUGCAGGACUCGGAGAGGAGCCAACGGCAGGACGUAGCCCUGCAAGUCAUUCGGCACAUGGGAGGGGUGGGAAAGGGCCUCAGAGAGCAGCCCUGGAGCUCGGCUGGCCGUCAGGAGCCCUCCCGGCACAGCCUGAACCCAGCCGGCGACAGCGCGUGCUCCCGCCUGGCUCCGCCGCAGGAAGCACCGGGGCUGCGGUAUUUCCUGCGGAACCAUCUUGAAAAGCGGUUCAUCCGCUGGCACGCAGGACCUGCCUUUCAACUGCUGGACGUAGACGGGGAUGAUAUGAUUGAUUUUAAUGAGUUUGAAGCCACAAGGUUUCUCUUUAACAUCCAGAAAGAAGAACUUAAGAAGAUAUUCAAGGACUUUUUGAUAUUUCUGGAGAUGAGUCCGUUCUCGGAGCUGCUGGCCGGGGGGUACCUUGCCAGGGAUCUCUCUCCUCUCCAAAACUCGCAACUGAACUGCAGGGAAUUCAAGAUGUUUGCAGUCUUCUGUAUUGACAAACAACAACAAAAAGAGGAAGGGGAUCACGAAUAG